AUGAGCGAGUGCCGCCGUUCCGUGCUGUCCUGUGCCCGCUGUCGCAGACGCAAAAUCAAGUGCGACCGCGCAAUCCCCUGCGGCCAAUGCAUCGCCGCAAAGUCGGAGUGCACGGGGUUCAGCUCGAAGGACCAGGAUCCCAACAUCCCGCGGAGCAUCGUCCAGCAUCUCGAGGCCGAGAUCGCCAAGGUGGAAGGAGAACUCGCGCGCAAUGGCCACCUGGAAGAGCUCAACGCCUCGGACAUUCUCGCUGGGAUGCCCACGAACGACGGCGUGCCCAUCGAUGAUGCGGCUCUACCGAUAAUUGACCUGCCCGCCACCAAGCCCGACACGCCCAAGCUGAGCCUCAACACCGACAUCCUCGCAACCUCAACCGCCCCGCGAGACACCAUCCGCGACGAGGUCAUGACCUGCGGCGAACUACAGGCCAUGAUAUUUGCCAUCCUGCCCACGGGCCCCGGAAUCACCGACCUCAUCUCACGGGUCCGAAUGAGCCUGACACCGUCUACAGCCAUCGCAUCAGGGUCACCGAGAGAAGCACGCCGGAGAUCGAUCUCGCGCGCCAACCACGAGGUCAGCUGCGCCAUGCUCAAAUCGAUCCCGACAGCGAUUCUGCGGAGUCUCAUCAAGAAAUACAUGACGCGAGUGUACCCUAUCUACCCGGUCCUGCACGCCCCGUCCCUCUGGCAGCAGCUCGAUAAAGUCGUCAGAACCCUACAGGAACUGCCAGAAAAGCACCGCUCUGUGGCCCCCUCGUUCGAUUUCCUCAUUGUCUACCUCAUGCUCUCCAUCUCCGCCACGCUGGGCAGCGCCCGGACGGGCCACGAAGCGAAACACAUGGUCUUCUCCGGCUCGCUCUUCGAAGAAGGCCUCCAGCACUUAUCCGACAAGGCCAAAAUCCCCUCUGAUCUAGCAGGCAUACAAGUCACGCUGUUGGUCCUACAAUACGCAUCGAUCAAUCCUCGCCUCGCAAACGUGUGGAUGUUGACUGGUGCGGCAAUGCGCGCGUGCCUCGAACUCGGCCUGCACCGCGAACCCCCAGAGGCGCUACAAUUCGACCAAUUGACGCUUGACCUCCGUCGCCGCCUCUUCUGGUGUGCAUACAACUUUGACCGUGCCAUCUGCUCAGCUUUGCAACGCCCGCUUUCCAUUCCCGAUCAGAGCAUCGACGCGCACUUCCCCUCUGUCCUGGACGAUCGACACAUCCAUCCCAACGGCAUCGACGCCACGGGCGCAGAAACAAAGACCCACAAUCUCCGCUGGAUCCAGUUUCGUCGACUCCAGUCCGCCAUGACCGAGGUGCACUUCCAAGGCAAGCCGUUGGAACACGGGCAAAGUUGGGAGGAUUGGCUCGUCAGCAUGGAGCGCCGCCUGCAGGCGUGGUACGAAGACUACAAUGACGGGCAUGAACUCACUGAAUUCACGCUCGCCCAUGGACUGACGAACCUGCAUCGGCCGAGUCCCAGAGUGCCGCUUCCCGGACCCCGGAGCCUCAUGGUGGCGUUCGAAGCGGCCUGCUCGAGCGCCAAGUCCCUUCGAGAUCACAUCCUCACAGGCUUUUACCGACGGAGCUGGUUGAUCGCGCACCACGUACUCGAGAAUAGCAUGGUUGUGUUGUUCUGUCUGAGACACGGCUUUGACACCAUCUCGGCCAGAUUCAACGCCCAGCAGAUCUUCGAAAUGACCAAGGUCUUCACGGCGAAUUUUCUGGCCCUGGCCGCCCAGGGCUGGAACGAAGUCUCGAACUAUGCAGGCGUGUACGAGCGGCUCCUUGGCCCGCUGCUUGAAUCCGUCUUCUCGAAUCGACCGCCUUCUCUAUCGUCGUUUGGUCCGGCGCAAGACGCCGAACUCACGCGCAUGCUCUACCCCGGCCCGGCGCAGCUCGAUAAACUGCGCUUCGGCAGCCGCUCCGGCUAUGAAGGAGAUGGUCUCCCCACGUUUGAUGUCGGAACCUUGAACUGGGAGGAAUUCAGCGUCAGCGACACAAGGAGCGCGAGUGCUGAAGGAUUUGUCGCAGGGUGGGACUUGUUCGACCCUAAUGCCGUCAGCAGCGGUGCCCACGACCUAGUUUUCGGGAUGGCUUGA